AUGAAUGGAAUUUUAUAUGAACCAGAAUGCAAAUAUUCCUUACUUAGAGUAGUUGUGUACAGAUGGUUUUUGGAUCUCGAUCCAAAUUACACAAACAAUAAUCUCUCGAUCAUGCAACAUAUAGAAGAGAUUUUAGAUAAUAUUCUAUCUCUUUUAGUGACCAUGAGAGUUGAACCAUCUCUAUUGCGUAUAGUAAUAUUUUAUACCGACAAAUUCCUUAGAGGAGCAACAAUCAUGUACGACCAGCUAUUUAGCGUGUUACUAAUAAGCACCAUUGUUACUAUGAAAUUCUGGACAGAGAACCUUCAUAUCAAAAAUUAUAUGUUUGCCCAAAUUUUUAACAGAUACAAACUUAAAGAUAUCAAUAUGAUGGAGAUAUGUUUUCUAAAUGCAAUCGGAUACGACCUUGCAGUCACAGAGAAAAAUAUCAGUCAGUACUUGAAAUCAUUUAUAGAUAAUAAAUUAUGGCCAACACUAUCUGCCUACAACCAUAAUAUCAAAAUAAAUUCACCAGUUACAACACCAACAGUUUCAUCACCAACCUCCUCAAUCUUAAAACUUACUAUUUUAACAGAAAUUUAUUAUAACUGUUCGUCAAUUACAUACAUAAUUAAAAGAUUGAUUAAUAUGUCUGGAGUACGCCCCAACAACAACAAUAAUUUGAGUGGAGGGGAGGAAGAUGAAAUCUGGGAGAAUGUAUAUGAUAAACUUACGGAUUUACAGACACUUCUUUAUAGAUGUACGAGAAAUCAAGCAACUGCCAAUCCCCAAGAAAUCAUUCAAAAACUAGUCCUUAUAGCUCGAUAUGUUCAAGAUGAGUAUGAUUUGCCAAAUCAAAUACCAGACUACCCACAGAAUCCAUUUGCCAACACUUCUUGA